CUCCUCCUUUUGAGUUCCUGCCGGGGCAACAAGGAACUUUUUGUCAGUUUCACACAAAAAAGUGCACGUCGUAGUGAUUGUGAGGAGUUUAGACCGACUGCAAUGGCUCCAUUCGGGAAGAAUUUCCUGAAAGCUCGUCUGAAAAACAGGACCAAAGACAGCGAGCCCAUCACUGGGAAGGAGAUCCAGGUGACCGUGUGCAAUGAGGAGAAGGUCGUCUGUGGCGUGACCAAGCACACCACCUGUGCCGAUAUGAUUCAGGCAUUACUAGAGGAUCACAGAUCUGUCCCGGAGAGCAAGCGGCUCCUGCACGGAGAGCCCAAAGACUUCUAUCUGGUGGAGCGCUACAAAGGUUUCGAGAGGGUGUUGCCGCCACUCAGCAGGAUCCUGAGGCUGUGGUAUGCCUGGGGGGACCAGAGACCCUUCAUCCAGUUCGUCCUGGUCAAAAGCAGCGAUGUUGUGCCUCAGCGGGCUGUGAAGGCUACAAAGAACUGGACCAGAUACACCAGAAAUCCUCAGGCUCUUCCUGUGGAGAAGCAGAAACGAGUAGUGAGGAAGGCCUUCCGGAAGCUAGAGAAACUCCACAAGGAUAGCACAACGCCCGCCGGCACUGAGGAAAUUGAUCGCAUGGUCCAGCUCAUCCUUAACCAGGAUCAAACUAUUCAGGAGCAGAUCCAGCGCAUGGGGGAUUUAGAGGCGGAGAUCCAGCAGCUUCAAGGGCAGCAAGACCACCAUGACAAGUCAGAACCUUGUUGUUUGAACUUGGAAGAGCUUGAUCAGCUCCUGCAAGCUAGCGACGAUGUCCAGCAGCUGGAGUUACAGGUCCAGAGGCAGCAGGCGCUCUUAGCGCAGCUCUGUCGCGAAAUAGAUGCCGAGCAAAGGAUGGUGGCGGGCGGUGAGCAGGAGGGAGCGUCAGCCACUCCCUGGACACCAUCCGAGGCCGAUGAGUCAUUCCUUGCCGAGCUGGAAAGGAUGCAGGCGGAGCUGAGGCGGAGCUACUUGGCCGGCGUGUCACUCCAUAGCCAGGCGGCCGAGGUAGACAAGCAGCUCCGCUGCUCUGAGGCCACCUGGCUCUCCAGGGACCAGGAAUGCUGGCAGCUAGCCUCUCAACUCAGAUUGCUGCAAAUGAGCGACGCCGCUCAGGAAGCCACUGCCAGUGAUGCGGGGGUGAAAAUGGAGGCCAUCGCGGUCAAACACGGCUCAUCCCCCAUUGACAUGACCGAUACAGACUCGGACACCGGCAUCAGCUCCACGCACAGCCAGGACUCGCUAUCGCCUGGCUCGGACUUCCCUCCACCAUUGGACACAGAUGUCUAAAGGAUGUUUGGACAGGGAUGUCUAAAGAUGUCUGGACAUGGACAUCUAAAGAUGUCUGGACACAAAUUUCUAAAGGAUGUUUCCACCACUGCACACAGAUGUGUGAAAGAUUUCUCGACACAGAUUUCUUAAUGAUGUCCGGACACUGAUGUCUAAAGAUGUCUGGACAUGGACGUGUAAAGAUGUCUGGACAUGGACAUCAGAAGAUGUCUGGCCAUGGACAUGUAAUGAUGUCUGGAAAUGGUCAUCCAAAGGAAGUUUCUACCACUAGACAAAGACCAGACCUCUAAAGAAAGACUCUAUCAUGAGACACGGACCUCUAAAAGAUGUCCUAUCACUGGAAAUGGAAGUCUAAAAGAUUUCAACACUACUGAACACCUAUGUCUACACUAAUGGAGUAGUAGGUCUAAAUUAUGUUGGGACACGGAUGUCUAAAGAAGUCUGGAGAAAGGUGUCUAAAGGAUAUCUAGACAUGGAUGUCUAAAGGAUGUUUCCACCACUGGACACAGACCAGACUCCAAAGGAUGUCUCUACCACUGGACACAGAUGUCUCAAGGAUAUCUUCACCACUGAGCAUGAAUGCCUGCACUACUCGACAUGGGUGUCUGAGAAAUGGUAAAUAGACUGCACUUAUAUAGAGGACUUUUAAUUUCCAGCAGGUUCGAAAAAGACUAACUUUUGUAAAAAGUCGACUCAAGACUCUCACCUUGUACUCCCAACUCAAAUCCGGCACGGGUCGAUUUUUGAAUAUCCAGCACAAAUUUGAAAACAGCAUCAGGCAAACUGUGCAUUUGAGCCAUUAGUAACACAACCUGGUUAUCCAUCCAGUGCUUAUCCUGUUCAGAGUGGCUGGUGAGCUGGAGGACAUCCCAGCUGACUCCAUCCUGGAUUGAUCAAUCACAAGGGUACAUAUAAAGACAGACAACCAAGUCCGGCAAACACCACUACUACACUAUCAGUGAUCCUAGUACUGCAAUCCAUUUUGUACUGUUUAUCCUUUUCUGGGUCACAGCCGGAGCUGGAGUCUAUACCAAGAUGGAUUAGUUGCCAUUCAUUCACAGGGCACAUAGAAAGACAGAUGAAUAACUCCAACGAAUGAACCGCUACACUAUCAGUGACCCUUGUACUGCACCAUUUUCUACAGUUUAUCCUAUUCAGGAUCACAGUUGAGCUGGACAAGCGAGAGACGUGGUUACACGCUGGACUGGUCUCCAGUCAACCACAAGUGUAGAACCCGACCUGCACAAAUAAGAUAUGUGAGCCUUCCUGAAACAGGCCAUAACCUACAUGAACACUACACAACAAAAACUCGUGUUGUCUGCUAUAUUAAUAGAUACUUUGGUCACACUUUAAUCAUGCUUAUUUCCGCGUUUUGCACCAAUCAUCCAGAUGUUGCCAUUAGGGACCUACAGGACACUUUGAAUUUACUUAACUACUGCAAACAUCAACCCAGCAGGGCUGAAUAUAAUUUCACACUUUUCUUUAAAAGCCAUACUGCACUUAAUAAUGUCUUAACAGUGUUUUAUAUUAAAACUCACUAAGAUGUAUGUGUGUGUGUGUGUGUGUGUGUGUGUGUGUGUGUGUGUGUGCAUAGUAUAGAUAUAUAUAGAUAUGUAUAUAUAUAAAACAGAUUUUUAUAUACUGGAUUGUUCACUAUUGCCACAAUUGUACAUAUGCAUCUUGUUUAUAUCUAUAUUGUGUCAGUAAGGUUAAAAUGCUACGCUUGUACAAAGAUUAUAUAUUUAUUUAUCCUGCAAUUGUAAUCCACACAAUGAAGUUGAAAUGUGCAUUUAAACUUUCAUAAUAAACAGAUAAAAAUGUGACACAAAUUAAAUUUUAAUGUGGGUUAUUUUUGGGUUGCAAAAUUCCAGGAAAUUUCUAAAGUUUGCACACAGGGAUUACGGGGAUAUUUACCAUGAAUUGUAACCCCCUUAAAAGCCAAUAGACAGUGCAGUCUACUCUAAAAGUAUUGGAACGACAAGGUCAUUUCCUUUGUUUUUUUUUUUGUAUACAGAAGACAUUUGGGUUUCAGAUCAAAAGAUGAAUAUGAGACAAAAGUUCAGACUUCCAUCUUUUAUGUCAUGGUAUUUACAGCUAGAUGUGUUAAACAACUCAGAAAAGAGCAACUUUUGUUUGAACCCACCCACUUUUCAAGUGAGCAAAAGUAUUGGAACAUGUGACUGAUUGCCGUUUCUUGUUGCUCAGGUGUUGCCUUUUAGAUCGAUUGCUUAAACAUUAGAGAAUGCUGUUUUUUUGCUUCACCUGUGAAAACUGCCUUUACUGUGAAGCAAACAUGAAGACCAGAGAGCUGUCUAUGGGAGGACCAAGGAUUUCAUCAGAGGGAAAAAGGGGUCUUAGACUGACCGAACCAACCCCCCACCCCCAGGCUUCAAUAGGCAGUGUGAAAGGGGCUUGCAAUUGGCUGAAUAUUUUGUUGUUCAAAGUCCUGUAGAAACUCCCAGUUACAGCCGCCCCUUUCACACGACCUAUUAAAGCUGUGAAUUUUACACCGUUUCUCCUGGUGUCAAUUGUGUGAACGGCACAGGGAAGUAAAGGAAUGCAACAAUGUAAGAUUAAGGCGGGUAUGGAAUUCAUCAACCGACAGUCACUUCUCCCGGCAUGUUGUCUAUCCAUCCAUUUUCUGAUUCGCUUAUCCUCACUAGGAUCGUGGGCGUGCUCGCGCCUAUAUGUAGCACCAUUGCAGAAUGCCGUGUUGCUCUUUGAAAGCGGCAGUUACCUGCCUUCUUUAGCUCCUGUGUAAAAAGGUCUUCUGUUGUUUUCUGUCAGGAUCUCUGUGUGAAAGAGGCUAAUAUGUAGGGUGUAACAUAUAAUCAGACAGAAAGGUCUCCAGAGCAAAGAAAAAAGGUCUCUUCUCGACAAACGUACGUACGACUGACAGACUGCCUGUUUGUUCUCAAGGCAGACGGGCCAUGGUGGGGGGGGGUAUCUAUUUCAUUCACACGAAUCUCUUAAACACCCCCUCUGCCCUCUACCACCCCCUCGACCGCCUCAACCACCGCAAACAAGUCACGACUCUGAGCUUGAAAGAGCACUGCUCUCUUUAAACAUGCAGGGGGGGGGGGGGCGGCCUGGUCAUUCACCCGGAGG